AUGAGUUCAACAAACGAAGGCCAAUCCGGCCAAACACAACAGGUAUUUGGCUCGAAAUAUAAACAUAAUUUCAGAAGUCAAUAUUCAACUGAUAAAGUUGACAAAAAAUAUAAUGAUAUCAUCGAGCUACUACUAUCACCUCAAUUUGAAAUAGUAAAUGUAUUGUGCUCGAUCACAUUGGUAAAAGAGACUUCAAGAGAAAAUACAGUUAAUAUAUCAGAGACAUUGGUUAAUUUUUUCGAAAUUCAUUCAUCUUUGAAAUCAAGUUAUCUUUUGAAAUGGGCAAUCGACAAGGAAAUUGAAUGUACCUCCAAUGGAGCAACUCUUUUCCGUGGACUUUCAACAGCAACUCGUUUGAUUUCAUCUUUUUAUAAGAAAGUUGGUGACUCUUAUCUUAAAUAUCUACUGCAACCAUUCGUUUUGGAUCUUUGUUCAAGAAACUUUUCUUUUGAAAUCGAUCCAGAAAAAGCAGGUAAAGGAAUGGAUGUAAAAUCAAACCUUGAACGUCUAAUUACAAUCACACAACAACUAUUAGAUAAAAUAUUAGAUUCUUCAACAUUUUGUCCAGUUUCAAUUAGAAAUAUACUUCGUCAUACACAAGAAAGAGUAGAAAAGAAGUUUCCAGAGAUGAAAACAACAGUGAUUGGUGGAUUUAUGUUUUUGCGUUAUAUAUGUCCUGCUAUUGUAGCUCCAGAGGUUUUUGGAUUGAUUCAGGACAUUCCAACGACAGACUCCCGAAGAGGAUUGGUUUUGGUAUCGAAAUUACUACAGAAUCUAGCCAAUGAAAUGCCAUUCGGUGGCAUUAAAGAAGAGUAUAUGACCUAUUUGAAUAGGUUCAUAGCAGAGAACUCCAGUAGAAUACAUGUAUUUUUCAAUGAGUUGGCAUACGACACCAAUCCACUACAUCAAUCAUCAAUCAAUACCUCAUCCAACAACUUUAGUAUCUCCAGUAACAACGGUAGCAACACCAGCAGCAAUAACCUAGGUAGUGCCAACGGUUUGAACCAAUCGACUGCCUCGAUCUCAACCAAAGACCAAUCGAAUAGAAUAAGAUCUAGAUCAGAGUCACCUCCACUCAAACCGAUCGGUUCAACUCAGAAGCUGAUAAAUACAAACACGCAAGAUAUUUCAUUUACCGAUGACCAGAUUCAAGAGAACCUAGCCACUUUGAUAGGUCAGCUAUUCGAACACAAAGAGCGAUUGGAAACAAUCAUUACCGAGUCACUGCCGAACGGUUCAGACUUGGUGAAGAAGAUAGAUAGUGCUUUGGCACACGUUGCCAAACUUCAUCAGAAAUCAAUACAAUCGAUGCAAGCAAAGAUCUCCAGUAUGAAGAAGCAAUCGUCAACCGCCAACGGCAGCAGCUCAACCACACCCGCCAAAAAGAAACAAAGCUCAUUCAACAACAGUCAGUCAACUGGCAAUCUCAGUGGUUUCACAAGAGAUCCUUCACAUACCAAUCUUUUACUAUUCCAAUCAGAGACCGAAGAGGAGUUGAAUAGCCAAAUGCAUCGUUCCAUCUCUGAGGUUGUCAAUUUCUAUCGACACCAACUCGAUUUGAAAGACCUAGAGUUGAAAGCCAACCAAGACGAACUUGCAAUGGUCAAGAAGGAGUUAGAAGACUCUAAAUCGAGAUCCGGUACACUAAAGAAACUGAAGGAAGAGUUUGAUAUCGAGAGAAGAAAACGAAAGGAAGCUGAACACCAACUAAAGAAAUGUAUAGAGAAGCUAAAGUCUUCGGGAUUCGAGCCAGACACUGUGAUGCUGUCGCGCGACGAAGAGUUCUCAGAGAUCUCCAAUGACGAUGUCUCUGAGAGUGCCAGUAGUGUUCUCAACCAGAAUGCAAGAAAGAAGAAAUCCGGUUCCUCUACCAAUCUCAAUAACUACGUAAGAAAAUCAGAGUCAUCGACAUCGUUGGUUUCGAUGGCAUCGUCGGUUGGACCAUCGUCUCCUCAACCAACAUCGACAACACCACACCACAAUGUUGACACCAUGUCGACAUCGUCAAUCGCCCAAGACAUCCUCGAGUCGACUGGUAUCAACGGUGCCAAUCAAAAACAAUCGUCGGGUAGCAGCAACAAGCCACAGACUCUUACCAGUCAUUCGAGAUCGAAUUCCGCCUCGGAAUUGACCAGCUCAGAGUCGCAAUUCGACCAUUUGGAGACAGAGGAUCGUAUCAUCCAGGCAUGUGUAGACGGCGAGAUCUCAGAGGAUGACGAAGGUCUAGAUUUGUUGGAGUUCCUACGUGAGUACGGUGAGAAGGCACAGGCAUCGAACAGCGCCAUUCAAAAGUUGCAGCUCGAAGACAAUUCUACCGAGAAAAAGAAGCGUGGAUCCGGUAUCUUUAAGCAUAUGCCAUCACUCAAGAUGGGAAAGAAAAAGAGUAAUAGUAAACACAACACAUUAAAUAGCAAUAGUAAUAACAAUAGUAGUAGUACUAGUAGCAACAGUGCAUCGAGCAGUCCAUCCAAUUCAUCUCCCGUAGUAGCACCGUCAAACUCUAAAGAAAUAACAGAUAAAAUAUAA